CCUCAGGCUUAAGCAGGACGCGAACGCGUCGGAGAUCAAGAAAGCCUACUACAAGCUCUCCCUCAAACACCACCCGGACAAGAACCCCGAUCCGGAGUCGCGGAAGCUCUUCGUCAAGAUCGCCAAUGCUUACGAGUGACCAGAGCUGAUAUGAAAUUGACAACAAGCAAGUUAUGGUGGCCCAUGGCAAGACACCAGAAUUGAUAUUAUCCUGGUCAUAUUGUUUGGCUACUCAAAAGUUACCAUCUCUGGAAUCUGGAUACAUAGAGUGUGUUUGGUUGUUGGCCCAGCCUGGCCAGAGUCCUAAGCCUGGUCAGCCUAAGCCUGGGUUCAGAGAUGCAAUAUGGUCAUGUUUGGUUGCAUGACUAGGGUAAGCUUGGGCCAUACAUGACUGUGUUUGGUGGACUGGCUUGUGUUGAAUAUGGUCACCUCUUAUUAGCUAUGAUUCUGAAAGAUGAAUCCACUAGGGAGCAGUAUGACUAUGCCAUUGCACAUCCGGAGGAGGUUUUUUACAACACAGCUCAGUACUAUAGGGCGUACUAUGGACAUAAAACGGAUCCGCGUGCUGUGUUGAUUGGUCUUCUUCUAAUCGUCUCAGCAUUUCAGUACAUAAAUCAGCUGACAAGGUAUAACCAGGCCAUAGAAAGUGUCAAGCAAACUCCUGCUUACAGAAAUAGGUUAAAAGCAUUGGAGUUUGAGCGAACAGGAGGAAUUGCUAGCAAAAAGAAGGGUCACAAGCAGAUGGAUAAGAAGGUCGAAGAAGCCGUUAGUAAUGAAGUUGAAUUGCAAAUCCAUGGUGUUGAGAAACCAUCUGUCUGGAGGCUCUAUGGUGUCCAAUUUAUACUUUUACCCUACUUCAUUGGCAAGGUGCUUACUUGGGAGAUUUGUUGGUUUUGGAGAUACCGGGUAAAGAAAUUACCAUAUGCAUGGGAGGAUGCUUGCUACUUGACUCAGACUUCACUCAAGAUACCUGCCAGUACAUGGAAAAAUAUUGAUGAGUCGAGGAAGGAGGACCUUGUGACAAGACGCCUUUGGGAGAAGAGCAACAUGGAGAGGUACAUCGCAGAGACAAGGAAGGAAUCAAAGCGUAGGAGGUAGCUGUAUAACUUCUUUUUGACCUGAUGUUACGAGGAGGUCUUGACAACACAGCAUGUAGAACAACAUGUUGGAGUGGAAGAGGUAACACAAAGAUGAUUCAGGCUUUAAGUUCACUGACGGCGGAUCGUGUUAGGGGAGGAACCAAACAGUACUGUUAAUUUGUCAAAGCGUCAUAGAGGGGGUUGUGAUCUUCAGGAAGUGCCAACGGUACAGAACAAAGAAUCAGAGCAGAGCAGUUUUGUUACUGUUUGAAAGAGACUAAUCACAUCUUUGAACGUGUAGGGUAAAUCCAUAUAAUUUCACAGAGGAUAUUUAUUUCUUUUUUCAAAAUAAUUUGUGGGCUACUGUAAUAGAAAUUAAUACGGAAGAGCAUCUAUAUAACCUAUAUAGAUGCACCCCACUAAGAGUCAUUAACUUUAUUUCUCUCAGCA